AUAGAGAGAGAGAAUAUGAAAAGAAAGCUGAUGAAGGCGAUGAAGAAGAAUUCCACAACCGCAGCAACAACAACAAUAAGUCGCCGUACAAAUGGAAUCAUCGGCUUUCUUCUUCUUAACCGCAACCACUCACCCUCUUUUCCACGUUCCAAUUAUUGCCACAAUUCUUUCCAUUUCUCUUUCCUUUCUUCCUCUCCACCACCACCACCACAAUCACAACCACUUUCUCUCUCUUCCCCAACUUCCCUAACUCUCUCUCUCUCCUUCGCUGCGAUCUUCCUCUUCGUGCUGGUCUUGAUCCCCAUCCCGAUUCGCUCCGAUCGGUUCGCCAUACUUGUUGUGGGAUAUGUUUGGAGGUGAUAACAUAGAUAGCAGUCCUGUGUUUUCUGCUUUCGUUGAGGAGAAUCGGUUGCAGUACGAUGCCAAUGCUUUUCCUCAGCUGCAAUUGUUUGGAGAGCUCCCAGGUGUUUGCGGUGUUGGUCACACAAAUCAUAUGGCAAACAAGCAUACUACUGCCACAUGCAAUCCAAACCAUAGAACCGGGGUGGAAGAAUCAAUUUUCAUACAACAAAAACAUCUCAUCUCUCUGAAUAAUUACUUACAUCAAGAUACAGCUGGUCAGUCCGGAAGCAUUUUGAACCCAAAUGCCGUGUCAACUGGGCUUAAACUUUCUUAUGAGGAGGAAGAGCACAAUUCAUCUGUAACUUCUGCAAGUGAAAACUUGCAAGCUGUCCUUCCUGUUAUUUCUUCUCUCAGUGAUAAUCUGAAGAUUGAGUUUGAUCGGCAGAGAGAAGAAUUUGACCAUUACAUCAAAGUUCAGGAAGAGAAGGUCCUCAAGGGUGUAACGGAACUGAGGCAAAGACAAACCGUUUCUUUCCUUAAUGCCAUUGAGAAAGGGGUUAACAGGAAGUUGAACGAAAAAGAAAUUGAACUCGAGAACAUGAAGUGCAAGAACAAGGAGCUAAUAGAGAGGAUAAAGCAGGUCAGUGUGGAAGUUCAGUCUUGGCAUUACAAAACAAAGUACAAUGAGUCGGUGGUCACUUUCUUGAAAAGCAAUCUACAGCAGGUCAUGGCACAAGGUGCCAUACAUGGAAAGGAAGGCUGUGGGGACAGCGAGGUUGACGACGCAGCCUCUUACACCAAUGCAAACCGCCUCAGCAUAAUAGAUGUUCCUGGAAGUUCCGUCUUUACAAAGAAGCCGAUAAAUUGCAGGGCUUGUAAGGUUAGAGAAGUCUCAGUCUUGUUGUUACCUUGUAGGCACCUCUGUCUGUGUAAAGAUUGUGAAGGUUUUAUAGAUAUAUGCCCUGUGUGCAGCGUAAUGAAGACUGCAACUGUUCAAGUGUACAUGUCUUGAGGUUUUAAUGGUAAAGACAUAUAUAUUUCGACGCACUUGUAAUUGUCUUCUCAAAGUUGUAUGAAUUUACCUAAUUUAUGAUGUUAUGAUAAUUUGGUUCAC